CGAGAAGAGACGACAAUGGCGCGAGAUUAAGUACAAGCCACAGAGCUCUGUAGGAAAAUGCGAGUUUAGUGAAUUCCGUUGCGGUAUACGGUUCACAGUUCACACCAUAGCUUUAUCCCAACCACACCGCAUAGUUAUAGAGAGAGUUGCCAAAAUAAUUUAAAAAAAAUAAAAUAAAACAUCUUCUUCUUCUUCUCUCUUUCUCUCUCGCUCGUUCGGUCCCCUUCUUCCUCGCCGUUGUCGCUCUCUUUUGAUGCUCCCUUCCGAUCGGCGGCGACAGCUUCAGGCGAACAACUGAGAGCUCGUUCGUUCUGAUUUAAUCUAUCAUACAGAUAUAUAUAUAUUCUUCCCCGAGAUCGAUGCGCCAACCCAAUCUUCCUCCAGAUUCAUCCCGCCAAUCGAAUUGAAAAUUUCGCCGUCGACGAUUCCGGGCUAAUGUGGGAGUGGGAUUAGGGUUUUUGCCUUCCUGCGAAUUAGCGAUUCCACAGUUGGGCGUGUUUUUGAAGGUACCAGUCACGUGUUCCGUUUCUCUUUUGAAAUUCGGUUUUGAUUUGCUUUCCGUAUUUGGGGAAUUCCGGAUCUCGGAGGUUCGGAUAAGGCUGUGGAGAGUCGGGCGCCCAAGGGGAAAGAAGACCAGUGUCGCAUUUCCCCGUAGUUCGGAUCUUUUGUAAGAUCAGGGGGGACGGGGUCCAAGCUACCGUUGAGGAUCCUGCAUUGUCCGGUAUCAGUCCCUGUUCGAGCAGGCGAAAGCUUGCAGGUGGGGAUACAAGAGAGGACUGUGUAUGGGGAGAAAUGUGCAGGAUUGAGAGGACUGAGAAAAAGUGUGUUGAAAUUGGACAAGGCAGAGGGAGAGAGAAGAGAGAGAUGCGAGGACGGUUGGUGAAUGGAGUGGAGAUAGUGAAGAAGAGUUUUUCCAAGUCUAAUAUGAAGGUCUGGAUGUUUCGCGCAACAACUUCCGUCUUGCUGUGGACCUGCAUCGUUCAAUUGACCACCAUCGGCGAGCUGUGGGGGCCUAGGGUUUUGAAAGGAUGGCCUUCCUGUUUCUCCCAUGAGUCAGCUUCCCUUUUGCAGGAGAAGCUUCCCGGAGUUCCAGCUCGCGUUUUGCCUCCCAAGAGGGUCUAUAGAAACAAUGGAUAUCUUGUGGUUUCGUGCAAUGGAGGCCUGAAUCAAAUGAGAGCCGCGAUAUGUGACAUGGUUGCCAUAGCAAGAUACUUGAAUGUCACACUUAUUGUCCCAGAGUUGGACAAGACAUCCUUCUGGGCUGAUCCCAGUGAGUUCCAGGACAUAUUUGAUGUUGAUCAUUUCAUCACAUCACUCAGAGAUGAGGUCCGAAUAUUGAAAGCAUUGCCUCCCCGUCUUAAGAGGAGAGUGGAACUAGGGAUGAGUUAUUCGAUGGCACCAAUUAGUUGGUCAGAUAUAUCCUACUACAGCGACCAGAUUCUUCCUUUGAUACAGAAGUACAAAGUCCUUCAUCUUAACAGAACAGAUACAAGACUAGCAAACAAUAAUCAGCCUCUAGAGAUUCAGAAGCUACGUUGUCGUGUGAAUUUCGGUGCUCUUAGAUUCACUUCUCAAAUAGAGGAGCUGGGUAGAAGAGUUAUAAGACUUCUCAGGCAAAAUGGUCCUUUCUUGGUACUUCACCUGAGAUAUGAAAUGGAUAUGUUGGCAUUUUCUGGUUGUACUCAAGGCUGUAAUAUGGAAGAAGUGGAAGAAUUAACAAGAAUGAGAUAUGCUUAUCCUUGGUGGAAAGAGAAGGUAAUAAAUUCCGAUCUUAAAAGGAAAGAUGGAUUGUGCCCUUUGACCCCAGAGGAGACUGCCCUUACUCUGAGGGCACUGGAUAUUGACCCAAGCAUGCAGAUCUACAUAGCUGCUGGUGAAAUAUAUGGCGCGGAGAGGAGAAUGGCAAGCCUUGCAGCAGCUUUUCCAAAGCUGGUGAGAAAGGAAACACUCUUGGAACCAUCAGAUCUGAGGUUCUUUCAGAAUCACUCGUCCCAGAUGGCAGCGUUGGAUUAUCUCGUUUCAUUGGAAAGUGACAUAUUUGUGCCCACCUAUGACGGAAACAUGGCCAAAGUUGUUGAAGGCCACAGAAGAUAAUUGGUUUUGGAGUACAAACUCCGGUCGUGAUAUAGGAUCCAAGUUUAAUAUUUUGUCCAAAUCAGAGGACAAAACCUUGUGUAUGCCCCCGAAUACCAGGCAGAACUUUUCAUUCUGGUUCUGGAACAAUAGUUGUGACAAGUCUUCUUUAGAUAAUUUGUUGCCUCGAUUCAGAUGAUCUCUAGUUCUCAAUGGCAUUUGUUUAAAUCUUAAUGCAACUUGGUGUUGGUUGGUGCAUUUUUUCUGAUCUAGGUUUGAAUUUUUUUGUUUCACCUUUGUAAUAUGGCUUACAGAUUUCUUGGGUUCAAGAAGACGAUAUUACUGGAGAGAAGGCUAUUGGUAGAUUUGAUAGACCGGUAUACGAAUGGGUCACUGAGUUGGGAUGAGUUUUCGGAUGCGGUGAAGGAAGCACAUGCCACAAGGAUGGGUAGCCCAGGAAAACGGCUAGUGAUCCCAGACAGGCCUAAGGAAGAGGAUUACUUCUACUCCAACCCUGAAGAAUGCCUGCAACAGUUGGGCGAGCCGCUUUUUAGCAGUAUGCGAUGAUUCAUUUUGCUGGAAAAUUUAGUUACGAGAUUGGAAAUUCAGACAGAAAUUAUCUCCUCCCUCCCAUGCAUGGUGCUCCCCUUUAGCAAUGCAGAAGAGAAAGAGAAUGGUAUGAUUGCUUGGGGGGUGAAGAAGUGAUGCGGGAUGAAAGCAAGCUAUAUAUCAAUGGCGUUUAGUAGUGGGAGGGUUUCCUCAAUCUUCUUAGUAUAAUGCAAAUAAUUAAUUUCUCUCGUUGUAUAGAACAAGAAGAAGAAGAAGAAGAAGCAAGAGCCCUGCCAUUACAGGGUGAGAGGGUUGUGACAUCAGUGGAAUGAUUGAAGCAAAGACCAGGGUGAAAAAGUUGUACUUACACAAAAACGGAGGAGAGAAAGGAGGGAGGGGGAUUUAUUGCAUAUAUAUAUCUACUCAUAUCAUGUCUUUUGUUGAACGAAGAUUGUGCCUCUAAUGGGACGGUGAGAGUUUAAUCUUCCUUCCAUU